CCUUAGCAACCGGCGCUGAGGCGGCGGUGGCGGCGCAGUGUCCUCUGGGCUGAGAAGCCUCCCCUCCUGCUGAAGCUGCUCUGCCUGUGUUCCUCUCGGCCGCCUGUGCCGCAGCUCCUUGCCGAGCCCUGAGCAGCCCCUCCGCCCCUUCCCGGGGUCACUGUGGAAGGACCAUGGCAGACACCGGGGAGGGGAAAAAGGAGGAGGCAGAUUAUAAAAGACUUCACAGCUUCCCACUGAUUAGGCACACGGACAUGCCGGAGGAGAUGCGUGUGGAGACCAUGGAGCUGUGUGUCACGGCAUGUGAGAAAUACGCCACCAACAAUGAGAGCGCUGCCAAGAUGAUCAAAGAGAUGAUGGACAAGAAAUUUGGGUCGUCCUGGCACGUGGUGAUUGGGGAAGGCUUUGGCUUUGAGAUCACUCACGAGGUGAAGAAUCUACUGUACAUGUUCUUUGGUGGCAGCCUGGCUGUGUGUGUCUGGAAGUGCUCCUGACAUCUGGCCGGGUCCCUGGCUCGCUGCAGACGAGGGAUUUCUUCCUUCUCUUAACAGGUUUUGUACAAUCUGGAGGUGGGGCUUUAUUUUUAAUAGUUGAACAUCAAGACUUUUUUUUUUCUUCUUGUUUUUUUUCAUACUGACUUUACAGUCCUGUGGGAUACAUGUAGUUGGUGUGUAUAAACGUGCUAAGCUCUCCUGUCCUUGCUUGGGGGAUUUCUCAGCUGCCUGUGGCUCUUUCCUUGGUGCUUGAGCUGAAGCAGGAGGGAGGUGGGGAAUAGGUAGUGUCAUGACACUCCACAGGAUGAGGAGGGGGAAAGAAAUGAAAGAGGAAAGGUGCUGUCUAGCCCCAUAAAAGGUGCUAUCUAGCCCCAUGGGGUUGGGUUUUUUUUUCUUUUUCUACAUUGUUUCCUCUGCCUUCACUGGUGCCACGUGCUGUGGCUCUGACCAGCACCUGCUUCUCCUCUCUCUGAAUGCCACAAAUACCUUUUUCCCCCCCACUCUAAGAUGUCCAUAGGGAACUGGCAGUGCCAAGGGUCUCCCUUCGGGCCGCCUGUGGAGGUGUUAGCUGCAGGGAAGCAGGCUCAGCCUUCCCUUCCCCGCUGUUUUUGGGAGGGUACAGCAGCUGAGCUGCCUGGGCGUAGGAGGUUGCCAUGCAAACUGCCCCCUCCUUUCUCACCCGCUGCGCGCAGUGAUGGCAGGAAAACACGGGCGGCUGACGACGCCUGGGGAGUGGGUGACAACUCUUCGUGAGGCUCAAAUACCUCCCUGUCAGUUCUUGGGGGUGUAGCAAGUGCUGUGUACUUUCAGCAUCUUGUUUGGAGGCUGGUAGAGGAAGGAGGCUCAGUGUGAGAUAUCACUUGGUCAUCAGGAACCUAACUUCUUUUUGGACUUGCAUGGGGGUAGGGAGGGUGUUUGGUUGUGGUUUUUUUUAGCCUGGUUCAUUUUAUUUUUUUAAAGCUGUCAACGUUGGAGGAUGGAAUGAACAUAAAACUGUGUUACGUAUAUGGCUUAUUUAUAUAAACCCUGGGGAACUGUGUUUUUACAAUAAAAAUUUAGUAAGA